AGAGAUGGCAACUGUUGACAGCGGUCAGCUUGUAAAGUAUAUUUUUAUAAGGACGUGUGAGAAAAGUUGAACGGGUUCCGAAAUAAAUUUCAUUUCCAAAAAUACGAUAAAGGCGCAUUUGAUAUUUAUUUAUUUUAAUUCUCUUACACUCAUUAAUCCGUUCGUCGUCUUACUUACGGCUGUUUAAAUUGAAUAAACGCUGAAGAAUGUGUUAAAAGUUAUAAGUGUUUCUUGAUGUGCUUAGGACGAUUUUAAAUAUAUUAUUAAUCACAUAAUGUUGCCUUCAGUUGCUAUUAAAUGUUUUUAUCAAAAGUUAGGUACGCGUCCUGCUGAAUUCAAACACUUACACACAGUAUAUUCCAGUCAUGUUAAAGUAUUAAAAGACUUUUAUGUUGAUAAGAAAACAAUAAGAUAUAUCAACACAUCCAUAAACGUUUUCAAUAAAAGUAACGAUCAUGCCGAUAAAUCAGCUUUAAAAACUGAUCAUAAAGUUAUUAAACAGGGUGCUACUGGUGACAUAAUUAUUAAAACAGAAACUGAUGAAAACAAAGUGGUAACAAAACUCACUAUAGAAAAGUCGCAACCGAUCACGCCUCCGCCAAAUCAAACGGCAGCAUCACCUGUUAAGAAACGUCUUCUUAUUGAUUUUUCUGCUUCAUAUACUGAAAGAAAUUUCAUUACACCUAUCCGAGCUAUGACUGAGUAUUUAUUAAAACAGUCGGAUCUAGAAAGUCUACCUAAAGUAUUACGAAGAUCUCCAUAUGAAUCAGAACCACCAAUCACUGUUUACUAUAGAAAAGAUGUUGAAGCUAAAGCUAUUGAGGUCUGGGGUUCAAAAGAAGCUUUAGAAAAAGAGUUGUUGAGGAGAGAGUUGGAUAGAAGAAGAUAUGAACAAGAUGUGUUUACUGUAAAAAGGAGGUUACGAAACUACAGACGUGAAAUGAGUCAUAAAAGACUGAGACCAGAGACAGAAGAGUUAGGUUUAAAAACAAGAUCUGGAAGAGUUGUCCUGACUGCUAUCGGAAUUAAUGGGUGUAAUUUUAUAUUUAAACUUUGUGCUUGGUUCUACACUGGUUCACAUAGUUUAUUUUCUGAAUGCAUACACUCUUUGGCGGAUACAGUGAAUCAGUUAAUUUUGGCUUAUGGAAUACAUAAGUCUGUCCAAAUUGCAGAUCCUGAUCAUCCCUAUGGAUAUACAAAUAUGAGAUAUGUUUCCUCUUUAAUUUCUGGAGUGGGCAUUUUCUGUGUAGGAAGUGGGUUAUCAUUCUAUCAUGGAGUAACUGGUAUACUGGAUCCACAGCCGUUACACGAUUUUUUUUGGGCAUAUUUUGUUCUUGGCGGUGCAGUAGUUUCUGAAGGCGCAACUUUAAUGGUGGCUAUAAAUGCUAUUCGUAAAGGUGCAAAAGAAGCUAACGUGCCUCUUUAUGAGUAUGUGAUGCGUAGCUCCGAUCCUUCAGUGAACGUUGUUCUAUUGGAGGACACGGCAGCUGUUGCGGGCGUAACGGUGGCUGCUUCGUGCAUGGCCAUUUCGCAGUAUACUGGUAAUCCACUGCCCGACGCCAUUGGCAGUAUACUCGUUGGUACUUUGCUCGGGGGAGUUGCGUCUUUCAUUAUACUGAGUAACGUCAACGCGUUAGUUGGCAGAUCCAUCCCACAAGAACAGCUUGAUGAAAUAAAUAGUGUCUUAGAAAGAGACUUUAUGAUAAGAGCAAUUCAUGACGUUAAAGGGAUAGAUAUAGGUAGCAACCUUAUUAGAUAUAAGGCGGAAGUAGAUUUCGAUGGUCGUGCGCUUACAAGAUCAUACUUAGAAAAGCAUGAUUUAAAUCUCAUUUUAGAAGAUAUAAAGAAAAUCGAGACUAUUGAUGAUGUGGAAGCAUUCCUACUUAAACAUGGUGAAAAUAUUGUUGACAUGCUGGGCGGUGAAAUAGAUAGAAUAGAGUUAAAAUUGAGGAAAAAGUUCCCUCAAAUCCGGCACUGUGAUUUGGAGAUUCUAUAAAUCAGUUUUAAUUUAGCUUAAAUGUUAAUGUAAUAGUAACGACAAUAGUUUAGUUAAUUCUGUUAUUCAAUGAAUUGUGUUAAACUAUAUAAAUUAUGUAUAAGAG